CUUGUUGGGAUUAGUCAGGUUUUCCUCACGAUGUUUUCCUUCACCGAAAAGCUUUUCUGUAAAGCUUAGGCAUCCAAAGUCAAGUAUAUGAUUCAAUAUUACAGAGACGUAUAGUCUCCUCGGUUAAUACAUUAAGUUAGGAGAUGUAUAAUGUCCCCACGGUCUAAGAAAGAGAAUAAUACCCAUUAAUAAGAUUUGGAGGUGUAAAGGCUCUCCAAGUGUCAAAAAAUUAAAAAAAACAAAGGGUCAACAAACAAUCAAACUACUCCCGGAGUGCCGGCAGAAGUGAAAACUUGUAUAUUAACGUUGUGCAUUUUUGAUAUUUUGAAAUGGUUAGGGAAUAAUCUUGCACGAAUUGCUUUAAUUAUCAGUAUAAAAAAGUACUAUCAUUUAUGUGGUAAAAUUCAAUAUUCAUUUAUUGCGCUAUCGUACACAAACAUGACAAUUUAUAUUACAUUAAAAAUUUAACACUUCAGAACGAUUACAAUUAUUUAACAUUUGUUUUUCGAUCAGGUCACGUGUCCGUCUUGCGAAUUUUUCAAUCCGUCGAAUCUGUCGGUUACGUGACCUGUCGCGAGUUUAAAAAAAAAUCCCCGUCACAAAAAGUGCACAGCGCCUCUAAAGAAGUUUUCACUUCAAAAAAGUGUGCGUGCCAGUCGACGACAUCUAUAUUAGAUACCUACAUAUAAAACUUUCAUAACUCAGGAACAAUUCGUGAUAAACGCACAUAUAAAUACCGCGCCGGGAAUCGAGCCCAGGAUCUCUAGCUUCUUAGGGACACUACCGACUUGCUUAAGAGGCCGUUAAAUGCGAAAUUAACGUUGUCUGUUAUCUUGUGUAUUCUAUGUAUCGGUAAAUUUUUUAAACUUUUUUUAGCAUGGUGGCCAGUUCGGAGCGGGAACCAAGCAAUCCGGAAACACGCUGAUAAUAUCUAAUGCCCAAAUAGGCGACCGAGGGUAUUACAUGUGCGGUGGUGUUGUAGACCGUAAGGUCGUCACACAACAGUAUGUUUUAGUUGAGGUGAAAGAUGUGCAACCACCUGCGAGACCAACACAACCGCAACAACCAGUCAGACCAACACAACGUCAACCAACGGUCAGACCAACACAACGUGAACCAACGGUCAGACCAACACAGCGUCAACCACCAGCCCGAGCACCGCAGCCACAGACUCACGCAGUCAACCCGAGAGUUAGAAUCAGUGUCAGGCAACUAAUAAUACCGAGGGGACAAAGUGGAACUGUUGACUGUAUUCCCGAGGGGUCCCCGCUGCCAAGGAUUCAGUGGAACAAGGAGGAAGGCGAUUUCAACAGCAGAGUGGGACCAAACGGCAACACGCUGGUAAUAUCUAAUGCUCAAGACGGCGAUGGAGGAAAUUACAUAUGCAACGGACUUGUGGAUGCAACUACCGUUUGGACUGAAUAUGUUCAAGUAGUGAUAGCACCAGGUAAGCACGUGUAUCUUUAUAUCUUCAAUCUUCUUAGCGUUCCACACUAGCGUCA